AUGCUUGUACUUUGGACAGAUCCCACUAUUAGCUUAUCGAAGCGCGAGGCAGGGCAGGAGAACGAUGCUAUGCUAGCCUGGCUUGAGAAAGUACUUAUCCGCGUGGAUGAACUACAUCGCACACUUGCUCAACAAGGAUAUCAAGCAAAGAAAUCCGGUGGAAUUUUCGAAGAGGGUGACUGGGAUCAUAACCGGGUUGCUGAAUCCCGCGUCUGGCGCAGUGUUGAGCCACAACUGGGCUAUUGGAUUCGAACAAGCUUCUAUGACAUGUUUGAAAGGAAUGAUAUGGGAUUUGUGUGGGGCAGUCUAAUGAAGUCGAAGGUCGAGACAGGGUCCCAAGCGACGUUCUAUGACCAGACUACUACGUUCCGCACUUCGGGCAACGAUGGUAUUUUUCGGGGUGAGAGUGACACUGGAGCGACGUUCCAGUGCACUGUGGACUAUGAUCAUGAUCCAAUCACCAUUGAGAUGGUAGACAGACCAGAGAAGAUCGGUUGGACUUAUAUGUGGAAGUGCUGGGCGAAUAUUAACGCAUGGGAGAACACACCAGUCUCUUGA